AUGGAACUAGGGAAUGACACACGAAUUUCAGAAUUUCAUCUUCUGGGACUUUCGGAGGAUCCAGAAUUGCAGCCCCUCCUAUUUGGGCUUUUCCUCUCCAUGUACCUGAUCACCAUGUGUGGAAACCUGCUCAUCAUCCUGGCCACCAUCUCAGACUCCCACCUGCACACCCCCAUGUACUUCUUCCUCUCCAACCUGUCCUUUACUGACAUCUGUCUCACCUCCACCAUCGUCCCAAAGAUGCUGGUGAACAUCCAGACACAGAGCAAGGUCAUCACCUAUGCAGGCUGCAUCACCCAGAUGUUCUUUUUUACAUGCUUUGCAGGUCUGGAUGUCUUUCUGCUGACUGUGAUGGCCUAUGACCGGUAUGUGGCCAUCUGUCACCCUCUGCACUACACAGUCAUCAUGAACCCCCUGCUCUGUGUGUUGCUGGUCUUUACAACCUGGAUCAUGAGUGUUCUGCAUUCCUUAUUACAUAGCUUAUUGGUGUCAGAGCUGUCCUUCUGCACAGAUUUGAAAAUCCCCCAUUUUUUCUGUGAAUUUAAUCAGGUGGUCCACCUUGCCUGCUCUGACACCUUUUUAAAUAAAACGGUCAUGUAUUUUGCAUCCUGUCUGGUGGGUGGUGGAACCCUUUCUGGGAUCCUUUACUCUUAUUCUAAGAUAUUUUCCUCUAUACAUAGAAUCUCAUCUGCUCAAGGAAAGUAUAAAGCCUUUUCCACCUGUGCCUCUCACCUCUCAGUUGUGUUCUUAUUUUAUUGUACAAGUAUGGGUGUGUACCUCAGUGCUGGGGCGACCCACAGCUCACAUGCAAGUGCAACAGCCUCAGUGAUGUACACUGUGGUCACCCCCAUGCUGAACCCCUUCAUCUACAGUCUGAGGAAUAAAGACAUAAAGAGGGCCCUGAGACAGUUAAUCACAGGAAAGCAAUAA